AUGAAUAGAAGAGCGAAGAGGCCUAUUGUGCAGAUGCAUUUUACCAUUUUUCCGGAUGGCACAACACGAUCACCUGCUUUUGGUGGUGGCGGGAGCACAAUCAAAAUCGAACCGGUGGAUAACGAAAUAAGUAUUGUCGAAACUCGAACUUUCCCAAGAGUCGCCAAGUUGGCUCGUGGGGUGGCCAACCUGGCCGACGUCCACAAGCUGAAAGACUUCCAGAAACAAGCAAUGCGAAUUGCCACACUCCCCAAAAGUUUUCACACGAAACUGGAAAUGAUCGAAUUAGACAUCUUCGUGGGCGGAACAAUCAAUUGGGCACAGCGCGUGAAAUCCGAAUGCAGAGAGAACUCAGUUCCUUUGAGACAAUUUUACAUAGACUACAAGUACCAUAUGCUCCGUGAAGUUGGAUACGAAUUUUUGGAAGGAGAGGAAGGAGUUAUGAAUGAAAUCAACGCUAAAAUAAGCGAGUUGGAAGAGAUGAGCGAGUUGGAAGAAGGCGAUAAGUGGUUCAUCUCGAAGGACAGAAUCAAGGAGUUCAUUUCAUCUUUUUUGCUGAAACAACUCGAACAAGAAACUAACAGAAUCUAA